GAGAAAAGUACGGAGAAGGAGAAACCAGUAACGUUAGUUAGCAUAAACAGCUAGCGUGUGUUUAUGAGGUCUUUUCCUGUACAGAUUUAGCGACCCACCAAGACAAAUUCAUCAGAGAACAUUUCAUACCUGCGAACACACCAAACCCCACUUUAGGUUUCAUACUCUGAUAGGGCACAUUUCAUCUGUUACAAUAACACUACUGGCAGUCCUGUGACCCAAGAAAAUAAUGUGCUGCAGCUGAAGAUGGGUGGUAGCGGCUCCAAAUCCAAAGGAUUUUGGCCUUUUUCUGGCUCAGGUAGUACGGACGAUCCAACCAAAGAUGGAAACGAGCAGUCACUGGCGAGAGUUCGAAGUUUCCAAAGUGUAACACCUUUUGUUUUGACUAGACGAAGCUCUAUGUACUUUGAUGAAGAUGGCGACUUGGCCCAUGAGUUCUAUGAAGAGACAAUUGUGACAAAAAAUGGACGGAAAAAAGCCAAGCUGAAGAGGAUUCAAAAAAACCUAACACCUCAGGGAAUUAUAAAGCUGGACCAUCCUUGCAUCCAUGUAGAUUUCCCAGUUGUCCUCUGUGAAGCCUGGUGAUGUCUGAGGAGCAUCUCAGACUAGCCACUCCGUCAACUCCGUCCUGUGGUUUCCCCUACAGCUGGAAGCCUGAACCACCUUUUAAAAAACAUGAUCUCUUGAUAUAUUUGAUGCCCUUAAUGUAGACAGGCUGAUGCAAUGUGUGCUGAGCCCCUGCAUGUGAUCUGUUUUUGGCUUGUGUGCAGUUAGACACAGAAUAAGUCACCAAUGGGGAUCUAGAAGGGGGCCAAGUUUACAGAUCAUGGUUUGUGUGCAUGUAAGUGUGAAUGUGUGUGCAGAUACGGGAUGAAAUAUGACAGAGUCCUGUAUUUAUUGCUUGUUUCCUGGUAUGAUUAAUUGAACUUGAGGAGUUGAAGGGGAAUGUAAGCAGUUCUUCCCUCUGUCACGGUCAUAUCUAGAGCGGGAAAGUGCACACUUUAAUUUUUGACACCAUCAUGACUUGCUUUAUUAUGCAUGGAACAGGAUCUGCUUAUUGGUAAUAGCCUAGGGAGUUGACAAUCAGUGGCCCACAAAAUCUAAAGUGGAUUAAUGUCAUAUUAUAAUGUUGGAUGGACUGGCUUCAAUGACCUCAGAGCCACACAUGUACACAGCAGCAGUGAGUCUAGUAAGAGAUCCUGUUGUUUCCUUUGCUGCUUUGGCAUAUUAUGUUUCACUUUUAAUUUAUUAUAACUGUUUUUUAAUUACAAUUUGAAAUGCUAAA